AUGACUCACCAUCAAUGGACAACGGCAGAACAGUCGGACUGGCUCAAGCAACGCAUAGCUGCCUUCAUCGACUCCCAGGCAAACAAGACCACGGUGAAGGAAUUCUUUCCUCAGGUCAUCAAGGAAUGGAGGAAACUGUGGCCUCUUGCAGAACCCACAGCUGACGAAAUCACUAAAGCUAAAAGUGUUGAGGACGCUAUCAAGCAAAAGAAAACCAAAGAUGAGGAGCGCAUCAAAGCGUGGUUCCAUAACCACACUCGAGGCUCGACGUCAGGAUCGGGAACUCGUGGUCUUCUAAAAAUAAACGGACAAGCAAGGUUUCGACAAGAAUGGCAGGUCUAUCAGACUAUGACAUACGAAAUUAAAUGGAAGGCAGUUAUCGACAAGGAAUGGGAGGCUUACCAGGCGAAAUGGAAGGCGGAUCACCCUGGCACCGAUCUUCCACAAGGUCGUUUUGCAUUUAUGAAUUCGUUCCUAAAAGACAAGUACAACUCAGAAUCCGACGAAGUCAAGACUGCAGUCAAGGAACGUCAAGCAGCAAUGAAGAUUGAAUCUGAGGCGCAGGCAAAAUAG